AUGGGACCGGGCGGGGCUCCGGGGAGGUGGGGGUGUGCCCCUCCAUUACUUGGUCUGGGUCUGGCAGUGAGGGCGGAGGAGCGAUCGGGGCUCUGCGGCAUAACCAGCAUGUGCCUGUGCUGUACAGAGGACGAAGCCAUCCAAGUCAGCCCCGAAGGGCCAAGAUGGCAACAUCCUUCAGAUGUCGCUGAAAGGCAGUCCAGGGAUAAACGUAUUGAGAAUAUGAAAAACCUAAGGAAAGAGAAGAGGAAAUUUAAUAAACGGUUUGCAAGACCUGCUCCUCUUCCAGAACCAGGACUCCUAUGGACAUAAAGGUGGAGUCUGUAUGGAAGCAAUCACGCCAGACCAAAAUGUGCGGGUUUAUAUCAUCAAGUGGCAUUUCGUAAUUUGACUUCAUUUGAAAAAUAAUGGCCAAACUCUGCCAUUUCAACAAAAUAAACA